AAAAAACAACGUGAUAAGCUUGCUUUUUAGAUGGUGCGACGGAGAUUUUUGCCCCCCCUCCAUGAGAUGCUGCCCAAUUCGUGCGAUUGACAUACCUACCUAUAUCUAGAUCAAUGUCUGGAUCAAUCGCAUUCCCCCUGCUGAGCAAACGCAGCGCUACUCGCAUACCGCUCCAUCGACACAGCCUUCGAUCGAGACCGACGCUCCCGGCUGUACAUUGCCGUACAAUCACCUCCUCCUCCACCAUCACCGAAGGAAGAGCACAGCAGCCUACGUGCCACGCCACCGCCACCGGGUUGACGGCGCUACGAAGUCGAAUCCAUCUCCGACCCACCGCUUCUACCACCACCGCCAGUGCGGCUACCCCCGGGAAGCCGCGGAGCUUUGGCGCGACAACGGCAGGCGGAGCCGCGAACAGGAUGGCGUCCGACGGCGACUACAUAGCCUUCCUAGACAAGGCCAACCAGGACCCGGGCGAGGGGCGCGCUCAGCCGCAGGGAGCGGGCGGGCAGCAGCAGCAGCAGCAGCUCAAGGCGACGGACGACGGGGCGCAGAUCCCGGCCGUCAUCGCGGACGUGACCAAGGACAGCUUCUACGUGAGCGACGCCGACGAGCCGUUCUUGCCGGUCUACCUCGCGUGGGACGAGGGCGGCAAGGGGCUUCCGGACGAAGAGGAGUUCGCGUCGCUGAUCCGGCACCCGGACCCGGCGGGGGCGUCGAUCGAGAUCCUGGACCCGGCGGAGUGGGAUCCGCGGGGCCAGUACGCGGCGGUGGUGGACGCGGUGCGCGCGGCGGGCGCCGGCAACGACGUCCGCGUGUACCGCGUCCCUCGCGGCGGCGCCCGCGUCGAGUACUGGGUGGUGGCGACGGAGGGCAAGGGCGAGGGCGCGAAGCUCGUCGGCGCCAAGGCGCUGGCGAUCGAGAGUUAGGGGGGGGCCAGUCAAUUGGAGGCGCUCGAGAUCGGAGGAGACGGGGUUCGUUACGGGCCAGGUGUGGGAGCUAAGGGUACCUACAUGACCUAGGUACGUGUAUGUAUGCACCUAUAGGCAGGUAGGUAUAAUACCUACGCAUCCUGGCGAUAAAGAGAUCGAGGCAUGAUAAGGUGCUUAUCAAUUUCGGCUCGUACUGUAGGCGAGAAUGCAAGAUCGGGUAGAAUCUGUACCGUGUCUCUUUCCAUUUGGGACACGGUGAGGGGUAGCCUGCCUAUCCACCACCCCGCCUCUUGGCCACUUCCCCUCGGUCAAGCGCCGUGGUCGGCUAUCUAUAGGUAUAGGCAGGUAUUAGGUAGGUGUAGUAUAGGCCACACAAACGGUUGGGCAGAUAAGCGUUAGCUAGG